AUGCUCUGGGUGCUCUGGCCGAGGUGGCUGGCUGGCAAGGGGCUGCCCCUCCUGGGGGCCGUGCUGCUGCGGAAGAGAGAGAAGAGGGGACCCAAAUGCAGGCAAUGGCAGCGGGAAACCCAUCCAUACUAUGACUUCCAGGUGAAGGUGCUGAAGGCCAAAAAUAUCCAGAACACAGACCUGUUGUCUGAAGCUGAUUGCUUCGUGCAACUGUGGCUGCCCACGGCGUCCCCCAGCCCCACCAAGACAAGAACAGUGGACAACUGCAGUGACCCUGAGUGGAAUGAGACCUUCUGUUACCGGAUCCACGAUGCUGUGAAGAAUGUUCUGGAGCUCACCCUCUAUGACAAGGAUGUUCUGAGCAACGACCAGCUCUCUCGGCUGCAGUUUGACCUGAGGGGCCUCGAACUGGGCCAGCCCCACAGACAUACCUUCCUGCUCAACCAGCAGGAUUCACAAGAGCUGCAGGUGGAGUUUCUUCUGGAGAAGAGUCAAGUGCCUGCAUCUGAAGUCAUCACCAAUGGAGUCCUGGUGGCUCAGCCCUGUCUGAGAAUCCAGGGCAACUUCGGGGGAGAUAGGACAGCUUCAUGUCAAGAGUAUGGCUCUAGGUACAUUCGGCUGGCAGUGCCCGGGGCCUACGAGCAGCCACAGGUCUUGCCCCUGCAGCCUGCCAAGGAGACCGGCCACUCGCCCACCUUUUGCUUCCAUGUGAAUCCAGUGCUCCGCCCCACGCUAGAGGUGGAGCUGGGGGAGAAGCUCAAGGUCCUCCAGAGUGGCCCAAGCGCUGAGCUGGAGGCCCAGACAGACAAGCUGGGUGACGGGGGCGUCCUGCUUUCCUCGCUGCCCCUGGGCCAGGAGCAGAAGUGCGUCAUCAGCCUGGGGAAGGGCCAGGAGGUGACUCUGAGCAUGAAGGCAGAAAUGAGUUCUGAAGACCUUGACCUGCGACUUGGCUUUGACCUCUGCGAUGGGGAACGGAAGUUUCUAGACAAGCGGAAGCAUGUUGUGUCCAAGGCCCUCCAGCAUGUACUGGGACUGAGCCAGGCGCCUGACAGCAGCCAGGUGCCGGUGGUCGCUGUCCUGGGCUCAGGGGGUGGAACCCGAGCCAUGUCUUCCCUCUACGGCAGCCUGGCAGGGCUGCAGGAGCUGGGCUUCCUGGAUGCCGUGACCUACCUGAGCGGGGUCUCUGGGUCCACCUGGUGCAUCUCCACUCUCUACAAGGACCCGGCCUGGUCCCAGGGAACCUUGCAGGGUCCCAUUGAGCGUGCUCAGGCUCGGGUCUGCAGCAGUAAGAAGGGGGUGAUGUCCGCGGAGCGGCUGCAGUACUACGCCCAGGAACUGGGGACGCGGGAAAGCAGUGGCCACAGUGCCUCCCUCGUCGACCUCUGGGGUCUUGUUGUUGAGUAUUUCCUGUACCAGGAGGAAAACCCGGCCAAGUUGUCUGACCAGCAGGAGGCAGUCAGCCAGGGCCAGAACCCUUACCCCAUCUACUCCAGCGUGAACGUCCAUGUCAACAUCAGCGGGGAAGACUUUGCAGAGUGGUGUGAGUUCACCCCCCAUGAGGUGGGCUUCCCCAAGUAUGGGGCCUACAUUCCCACGGAGCUUUUUGGCUCAGAGUUCUUCAUGGGGCGAUUGCUGCAGUGUCGGCCUGAGCCCCGAAUCUGCUACCUUCAGGGUAUGUGGGGCAGCGCCUUUGCAGCUAGCCUGGACGAGAUCUUCCUGAAGAUAGGUGGUUCUGGCCUGGGUUUCCUAGACUGGCACAGAGACAGUAUAAACAUCACAGACAGCUGCCAGAAGCUGCAGCUGCACGACCCCUCCAGGCUGCAAACCAGGCUCUUCACGCCUCAGGGUCCCUUCUCCCAGGUGGUGCUUGACCUGUUCACCUCCCGCUUUACUUCUGCGGAGAACUUUAACUUCACCCGGGGCCUCUGCCUGCACAAGGACUAUGUGACUAACAGGGAGUUUGUGGCCUGGAAAGACGCACACCCGGACGCCUGCCCCAACCGGCUCACUCCCAUGCUGGAGUGCCUCUACCUGGUGGAUGGUGGCUUCGCCAUCAACUCUCCGUUUCCGCUGACCCUGCAGCCACAGAGAGCAGUGGACCUCAUUCUGUCCUUUGACUACUCCCUGGACACCCCUUUUAAGGUCUUACAGAUGACGGAGAAACACUGCCAGGAUCGAGGCAUCCCCUUCCCCAAGAUCGAGGUGCGCCCAGAGGACUUGGUGGAGCCCCGCGAAUGUUACCUGUUUGACAAGGCCGAGGACCCCCGCGCCCCCAUUGUGCUGCAUUUCCCCCUUGUCAACUGUACCUUCCGCACACACCUGGCCCCAGGUGUGGAGCGGCAAACAGCUGAGGAGAAGGCCUUUGGAGACUUUGCCAUCAAUGGGCCAGACACCCCCUACAGCAUGACAAACUUCACCUAUGAACCCGAGGCUUUUGAUCGGCUGGUGGCCCUGAGUCGAUACAACGUCUUGAACAAUGUGGAGACCCUGAGGCAGGCCCUCAGGCUGGCUCUGGGCCGGGGAGGGCAGAGAGGGGAACGAGGAGCUCCAGCCUGAGUCUGGUAAAGGGAGGGGUAGUGGUCUCUGCCAGAACCUGCCUUGAGAUCCCCUAGGUCUGGGAAAGCCCCUGCACAAAUGCAACUUGGACUUGCGAAGGGCCCUGUGUCUGUGGGAGAAAACACAGUACAUCUCUCAGGGGCUCCUGGGGGUGUGAGGCGAAAGUGAACGAGGCCUGCUUCACGCUGGCACAUGCAGCGGCUAUCAGGUAACAGCCUAGCCGCAGGGCACCCUCUCCCCCGGUGCCUGGUCUUCAGACUCUUUCUAAAAUGGGAGCCGUGAGAGCUGAGGGCUCAUCACCCUCUAUAACCCGGAGCCAAAAGCAGAGAUGCGCCCAUCCACCCAUGCUUCCCCAAACGGCCAGCCCCCUCACCCCCAACUCCUAGAUGCAGUGCUGAGCACCAUCAAAAAUGAAGGGAAGCUGUGUGGGCUGCCCAUCUGGGCCGCUCAGGCCGUUGUCCUGCCUGCUAACUCUCCUUAGCCUCUGGCCUCCCCCACCUCCUCACCCUGCCCACCUCCUCUGCUCAGCCCUGGGGGGCUCUGGGCUGAGGGUCCACCCUGACAGCGCUCCAGCUGGGGGGCGUGCGCUUGUCUCUGGCUGGUCGCGUCCUUGACGCUUGCCACACGUAGCCUUGCCACCUCACUCACAGUGUCAUCUCAGAAGCGAAGUGCAUGUGUCCAAAGAGCGCCUCCAUCUGUCGGGGCAGAUGGGUGUGCACCUGGUGGGUGUGUGCGUCCUUGGUGAGCCCCGGCUGGUGAGCACCUGUCUGUCUGAGGGAUGAG